AUGCUGACACUGCGGCGCAUUGCCCCGACGCCUCAAGCUGCUCUCGGAUUGCGGACAACUACUUUUACCGCCCUUGCACACGGUCAGCGAGCAUGUCUCCAUCUGUCGAUACGCCAUUGGGAACAAGCCAAGGAGACACAAGCACCAGAAAACGUCCAAGACCCGCGGAUCACGAAUGUCGAAGACCAGAAGAAGCCAAUCGAUGAGAAAGGAGAAUUGAUCGAGGACGAUUUCGCUGUGCAGAAAUCGAGCUAUGAGGCGCCUAAACACCCUAUCAUUCUAGCUCAUGGCUUGUUGGGCUUCGAUGAAUUGCGACCGCUGGGCAAUGCCAUUCCGAUCCGUGGUAUCGAGUACUGGUAUGGGAUCAGAGAGGCUCUGGCAGCGAAGAAUGUAGAAGUCAUCACUGCUUCUGUUCCGCCCUCGGGUCGCAUCGAGGUGCGCGCGCAACGACUGGCAGAGUCUAUCGAACGACAGGCUGGAGGCAAGGCAACACAGCAUGGUGGGUCGAAAAUGGAACGACAGCAUAGGAAGCCAACUAACACAGCCCUGCAGGGUGGUCUAGACGCGAGACACAUGGUGUCACGUCUGAAGCCAGCUAAUGUGAAAGUCCUUUCUCUCACGACAGUUGCCACACCUCACCGUGGGUCCUCCUUUGCAGACUACAUCUUCGAGCAGAUUGGCUAUACAAAUGUUCCUAAGAUCUAUAAAGUACUAGAGGCUUUUGGCAUGGAAACCGGCGCAUUCCGACAACUAACGCUCAAGUAUAUGGCCGAGUCCUUCAACCCGAGGACCCCCGACCUGGAAGGCGUGAAGUACUAUAGCUAUGGUGCGGCUUUCCAGCCGCAUUUCACGUCCGUCUUUCGCAAGUCUCACAACGUGAUUGAGGCUAUUGAAGGCCCCAAUGAUGGCAUGGUCAGCGUAAAGAGCAGUAAAUGGGGGACUUACAAAGGCACAUUGAACCACGUCAGCCACCUGGACUUAAUCAACUGGACGAAUCGACUAAGAUGGUACUUUUGGCAGUUAACGGGCAAGAAGAAAAACUUCAACGCACUCGCCUUCUACCUCAGUAUCGCAGAUAUGCUUGCUAAGGAAGGGCUCUGA